AUGGCGACUAUCACAGAAACAACCACGGGCGUGGGCGUUCAAUCGUCGCAAAACCAAGAUAUCGCGACUCGCCUGCUGAAUGGUACUUUCCACGCGAGCCACCCUCCAUUCGAACAAUUCGCGACCAUUGAUGGGCUGCUCAAGUCGCAUGCGGCUCAGCCUGAUGAAUCCAAGGUCCCACUGAUCUGCUAUCCGAUCCGGGGUGCUGCUGACUUUGAAGAACACACGGCUGGUGAUAUCGACCGCUAUACGGAUGUCGUUGCUCGAUAUUAUAUGGAGCGAGGUCUCCCGCCUGCCGAUCCGAGUCUUGAAGAGGCACCGGUGGUUGCGAUCCUCGUUGGCUCCAGCUUCGAGGUUAUUCUGACCAUGUUUGCUUUGAAUCGUCUCGGAUAUGCCGUACUCUUCCUAUCAACACGCCUCACAGCCCCAGCAUAUGUACGCUUGCUUCAAAUGACAAGCUGUACACAUCUAGUUAUCGCCAAACAGUUUGAACAGACGGUGCAAGAUAUCUGCGCAGAGCGACCUGGCUGCAGCAGUUUCCCUGUCCUGCAGCGGGGGGACUGGUUCAAUCGUCAACCUAGCUCACCGCGUUUCGCACGAUCUAACGUCGAUCCAGCUCGAGAGGGCAAGAAGAUUGCUUGGAUCCUGCACUCUUCUGGAAGUACUGGCCAUCCCAAGCCAAUCUUCCUCACCAAUCUCCAGACCCUGGCCAACUGGCGCAAGAGCUUUGGCUUCCGUUUCUUCACUGCCAGCCCUCUGUUCCAUUCAUUUGCUCUCAUGGAGUUGGGUCGGGCAUUUUAUACGCGAGCAACGACAUAUUUCGGCAAUCACUCUCUGCCAACUACAUAUCAGAACCUCUACGAUGCUCUCCAGGUGGCACAGCCUGAGCAAUUCAGCGCUGUCCCGUAUGUCAUCAAACUUCUGGCAGAGAAGCCCGAGGGCAUCAAAGUGCUAGCCAAACCUCAGAUCGUGCUUUUCGGAGGGUCGAGCUGCCCAGAUGAUUUGGGUGAUCGUCUCGUUGCGCAGGGCGUCAAUUUGGUUGCAAACUACGGCGCCACAGAGACCGGUCAAAUCAUGACCUCCUUCCGGCCUCCAGGCGAUAACGAGUGGCAAUAUAUGAGACUUCAUCGGCCAGUGGCUGAUUUUACCCUGAUGGACGAGAUCUCGCCCGGAGUUUUCGAGUGCGUUGCACUGGAUGGCUUACCCAGUAAAGGACCCUCGAACUCCAAACCACCCUUUAGCGAAAAGAACCCAGAGAACAGCUUCCGGACGGCCGAUUUGUUCACUCGGCAUCCUGAUCCCAAGAAGAGCAACUAUUAUAAAUACCUGUCUCGACUGGAUGACCGAAUCACUCUUGUGAACGGCGAGAAAGUGCUUCCAAUUCCAAUUGAAGGUCGGAUUCGAGAGGAGCCUCUCGUGCGAGAGUGCGUCGUUUUCGGCUUCCAACGUACUGUGCCUGGAGCCUUGAUCUUCCGUGCAGCGGACAAGGCAACGGAUCUGAAAGAUGAAGAGUUCUUGGAAGCCAUUUGGCCCGCUGUGGAGGCCGCAAAUUCCAGGGCAGAAACUUUCUCUCGUAUCCCCAAGGAAUUGAUCGUGGUGAAAGGUGCCGAUGUGCCGUACGCUGGGACAGACAAGGGAACCUUUAUCCGAGCUCAGGUCUACCAGCAAUUUGCCGAAGAUAUCGAGACGGCCUAUGUCAACUUUGGUGGAAAUGGUAAGAAGGGCGAGCUUGCCUUGAGUGUGCCGGAACUGGAGGAUUGGUUGCUGGCACGCUUCCGUGACGAUCUCGAUGUCCCAUUGUCAAGCGCCGAUUCCGAUAUUUUCUCUGCUGGUGUCGACAGCUUACAGACAACACAGAUCUGGAGGUACAUUGUGCGUGACCUGGAUCUUGGAGAGAGCGGUAAUGAAUUGAGUCAAAACAUUGUUUUCGAGAAGGGCACAGUCAGUGCUCUCGCAAAUCAUCUCUACCAGAUGCGAACUGGACAGGAAUUCGAGGCCGAAGAUGAAGUUCAGAUUAUGCAGGAAAUGAUCGAGAAGUACUCACACUUCACUCGACACUACCCAACUAUCUCGCAGCAGCCCGACAAGGAGGUUGUGAUUGUCACCGGUGGCACGGGCAACCUGGGGGCCUUCAUCGUCGCGGAAGUCCUCAAGCGGCCCAACGUCUCCGAAGUUUGGGCCCUCGUUCGAGCUCCUGGACAAGCAGCAGCGGGUGCUCGUCUCUCGAAAGCACUGGCUGACCGCAAAAUUACUCUCACGGAUGACGAGGCCGCCAAACUUCGGGCUGUUCCUAGCGACAUGUCGCAGGCCAACCUGGGCUUGGAUGGGUAUGUCCUCGAACACUUACUUUCAUCAUUGACGUGCGUGAUUCACAGUGCCUGGGCUGUCAACUUCAAUCUCGGCGUGCGAUCCUUCGAGCAGCAACACAUCCGGGGAACAUACAAUCUCAUCAACUUCUGUCUUCGCUCUAAGUUACCAACCCCUGCACAGUUCUUCUUCUGCUCAAGUGUCAGCACAGCCAGCGGUACCCCCAAGCCCGCAUCAAUUCGCGAAACUGCAAUUGAAAACCUAAAUCACGCACAGAACACGGGCUAUGGUCGCUCAAAGCUGGUCACUGAACAUAUCACCCGAAAUGCCAUGCGACAGACUGAUAUGCAGGCUCGAGUUCUGAGAAUCGGACAACUCGGUGGCGACACUGUGAGCGCUCAGUGGAAUGAAACCGAAGCUGUUGCGCUCAUGUUCCGCAGUGCAUUGACGACUGGUGCCCUUCCUGAACUCCCGGAGAACCCGGCCUGGUUGCCCGUUGACCAAUGUGCGCAAGCCGUUGCAGACCUCGCUAUGAAGGGAACCGGGGCAAACCUGGAGGUGGAUUUGGUGUAUCACUUGGUCAACCCGAAGUCCUUCAGCUGGAAGGAUGACUUGCUCCCUGCGCUGAAACAGGGCUCGGCUCUGCCGGAGUUUGAGGUUGUUUUGCCACAGGAGUGGCUUCAGCGAUUGGCGUCUAGCGAGCAGGAUCCAGAGAAGAACCCGAGUAUCAAGCUCAUUGACUUCUGGCGUAGCAAGUAUGGGGGGCUUGGCCAGACACGAGUGGAUGACUCGACUCCACAACAGAAAGCGCCAGGCCUUGACUUUGAGACUGAUCGCACUGUUCAAGAUUGUCCGUCCCUGGGUCUUCUCAAGGAUCCCGUUGCCGAGGGCUUGAUAAACAGAUACAUUGAGUCCUGGAUGCAGCGAUGGACGAAGUAA